UUUCCUGAUAGUCACAUAUGAAGUCAAAUUGCAAUUUCGGAAAUUUAUGUCAAAACAUUAUUUUUUUCAAAUUUUACAUUUAAAAUGCACCAUGUUAACAAGCUGCAUAAAUCCUUAGAACCUCUUAAAUGGCUUGUGGGCAAGUGGAAAACUAUUAAGGCAGAAAUAAGUCAUCCAACCAAGCCGCAAACGCUAAAAUUUACUGAGCAUAUGGAGUUUUUGUCCUUCGGAGCGCCUCUGUUAGUCUUCAGUUCGAAAAGUAACAGAGUGAAGCAGGGUGGUAAAGCGCGGCAUCUCGAACGAGGAUUUUUGAGUAUAAAUGAUGACCACUACACCGUGGCCUUUGCCACAGUUGCCAGUUUGACUCUCUCUACACUAGAAGAAGGCUAUGUGCAAGACCAGUGCCUUUGUCUGAAAUCUGCCUCCAUAGCGGAAAAGAAAUUCUCCAUGUAUCCCGCUGUAAGGAGAUUACAUAGAUGUUACAGAUUAAAUGAAAAUGGGGAACUUGAAUAUACUCUACUUAUGGAAACGGCAAAGACUGGGUUGUCAAAACAUGCUGACGUAGUAUAUAAGAAGGUUGCUGAGGGAUGUAUAGAAGACUGUUAAACAUUUUUAAGUCAAAUAACUAAAUGAGCUUUCCAAAGCAGAUCAGAAUGAUAGGAAGGCAUGUGUAUCGUCUCUAAUAUCACAAAAGAAGGAAUGUUAAAACUGAUAUUAAAUUUAAAAUAUCUAAUAAAUAAGAAAUAUUUUAAAUUAAA